AUGAGCGGCGUGGCGCGCCCCGCAGCGGGUGUUUGCCGGCCCGCCGGGGAGGCGCCUGCGGACGCGGCGUCGCCCACGUCGGUGUUGGCGCGGGGUGGUUUAUCGUUUGCGUCUGUCGUGUUCGGCGGCGUUGGCGGAGCGGCGGCGCCGGGGACUUUGUUGGCGGACGCACGCGGGCCUGCGGCCGUGCAGGACGGCGCGUCUCUGCCUGCGCUCUUCUGGUGGUGGCGGCCGCCGGUGCCGUGCGGUAGUGGCGGCCGCGCAGGGGCGCGGCCGCUGCAGGUGGAGUCGGCGGUGUCGGCGGGGGCGGACGUGUCGUUUUUGUCGCGGCGCCGUGCGGGCCCUGUGCGGCGCGCCGCGGUGGUGCGCGAGGUGGCCGGAACGAACAGCGCGCGGCACGGCGUCGUGCAUCCGUGGGCAACGCUGCGCGCGCCUUGCACCGCAGCGCAGGUGUUUCUCUUUCACGGUGAGUGGCACGUCUUGCACCACCCCGAGGGCGUUGUGCGGGCCGCGGCGGAGGGCCGCGGGGGCGCGUCCCCUGCCGCGGCACAAGGCAGGGGCGUGGACGGAGGCGCGGGCGCGGGCGCGGGCGCUGGUGCCGCAUGGCGGCCUGAGGGGAGCCGGCGGCGGUUCGUCCGGCGGGGAAUGCGUCGCGGCGGCGGUGGUUGCCACGGGGAGGGCGGCGGAAGCAGCGGCAGCAGCAGUGGCAGCAGCAGUGGCGGCGACGACGUCGCGGACGCGGCUGUGGACUACGCGGAGGCGCUGCUGCUGCCUGCCGUCCCUGCGCGAGCGGCCAGCGCGUGUGUGUCCGUGGCGUGCGGGGGGCGCGGGGAGGGCGGGGGGACGCUGCACGAUGACGCGGGCAACGGGGUGAACUGCGGCUGCGCAGACGGCGGGCCAACGCAGCGCCGCGCCUCUGCGGGGGCAGCGCGUGGGGGCGCAGCUGCACCGGGUGCGCCUGCCGCGGCGGCCCUGCCGGCAACUUUGACCGCCGUGGGGUGCGGAGCCUUUUGCCUUCCGAGGACUGUGGCGGAAGGCGAAGGGGCCUCCCGCGUGCUGGCGCGCUGGGGCUUCGGCCCCGUAGCGGGCGAACACUCGGCGCGGGCGUGCGGCGGGGCGGCGUCGCGCCGGCUCCCUCUCGCGGCCUUCACGGCGCGGCUCUGCGUGGACGUUCUCCCGCGUCGCGGCAGCUGGUGGCCGCUCGAGCCCCCUCCCGCCGGCGGUGGGGGCGACACGACAAGUGACGACGACGACGACGACGACGACGACGUUUGCGGAGUGGCGCCGUGGCAGUUCGACGUGCCAAGAGGCGGGACCCCGCACCGCGUGGCGGCGCCCAUGCCCCGUCCCCUCGCCUCAACGACGAUGGGGAUAACGUGA